GACCCGGAUGUAGUAGUCGCCGCCGCCGCUGCUGCUGCCUGUCAACACCAUCCAGCCUCAGAAGAUCUCAGCGGAUUUUUGUUAUUUAUUAUUUUUUUAGAAGUCUGUCUGUAACAGUGCGUUAACCGUCUGCCACCAUGCCCAUGUACCAGGUAAAGCCCACCUCUGGGUGUGACAUAAAGAUUGAUUUACCAACCUGCAUGUACAAGUUACCAAAUGUCCACGCGCAGAAAGGGAACGGCUGCAGCUCCGAACAUGCGCUCCAGAACGGUGAGGUGGACCCGGCAGUAAAGGCUCUGGAGGCCAGGCAGGAUGAGAUCAUGAGAAAACUGUACGAGCUGAAAGCGGCCGUGGAGGGCCUGGCCAAGACGGUGACGACCCCGGACGCCGAUCUGGACUUGACGGUUAGCAGCAGCCUCUCCUCCCAGAGCUGCAGCUCCGCCAACUUCAAAGGCACAUCGGAUCUGGACAUAUUACUGGGCAAGGACCUUGGUGCUCUCCGUGACAUCGUCAUCAACGUCAGCCCGGCACAGCCGCCCCUGACCCUGCUGGUGCUCCACAGCCUGUUGUGUCAACGCUACCGGGUGCUCUCCACCGUCCACGUCCACUCUUCAGUUACCAGCGUGCCACCGCAGCUCCUGUCCUGCCUCGGCCCACGACACGCAGACAGCUACGCCCGCCACAUGUUCCAGCUGGGCUUCACCCUCAUAUGGAAAGACGUCCCCAAACUGCAGAUGAAAUUCAGCGUCCAGAACAUGUGUCCCAUCGAGGGUGAGGCCAACGUGGCGCGCUUCCUCUUCAAGCUGCUGGCUCCCUACCCCAGCGACCCCGCUCUUGCCACGCUGGUGGACAGCUGGGUGGACACGGCCUUCUUCCAGCUCGCCGAGGGAAGCUCCAAGGAGCGCGCCGUCGUCCUGCGGGCCCUCAACUCCGCCCUGGGCCGCAACCCCUGGCUGUGCGGGCAGGAGUUCUCCCUGGCCGACGUCGCCUGCUACUGCUGCGUGCUGCAAAGUAACUCGGCCUCCUCCGCUCCCGCCAACGUCCAGCGCUGGAUCAAGUCGUGCGAGAACCUCGGCCACUUCUGCCCCGCUAAGCUAGCUCUGCAGUGACCGGGGCCGUCCUGGGACCAGACACCAGACGCAAAGUGAGAGAAAGGCAUUAGAAUAAUAAAAUAUCCCAGCCUCGUCCGAAAUGCCUUCUAAUGCUCCCCUCCUGAGCAUCACUAAACUCACAAAGACUCUACGGAAGUGAUACGGUUGACCAUUAAAUUAACUUGAAAGUACUAAUCUCCAACGUGCUGCUUUUAUAUAUAUAUGAGAUUCUAAAGCUGUAUUUUGCGAGGGGGGAGCAUGAGAGGACUGUAAAGACCAGGGUACGGUGAUGAAUUAAACACACACUUCCACCCACUUUGUGCCUAACACAAUCCUGUUCUAAAUGUGUGUGUGGGUAUUACUGUGUGUUUUCAAAAGUAAUACUUUGUACCAUUGGUUUUUCUGAAAUCAUUAAACCUUAUACUUAACUUUGAA